GUUUCCGCCGCGCCCGCAAACUUUCACAGAUAACAAACGUCAAACAUUAGGAUUUUCGAGAAAUAAAAUCAAUAAAAUAGUGAAAAUGAAAUCCGUGGCAAUGUUUUCGCUAUAAAUAACGUUAAAAUCGUAACGGCCUUAGCAGGCAUAAAGCCACGAAGCAUUUAUUAUGUCUUCUCAACUCAACGACGAAAUUGCGGACAUAGCUAUGACAAGCACUGAAGCAGAUUCUUCGCAAACACACGGGCACGAAGCCACAUCAAGUGUAAAUGCCGACGAUGCGUCCUCAAGCAAUGCUGCCACUCCAGCUGGCAGUGAAGGCCAGGCCUCCAGGCAGUCAAACCUUCAACGCAUACAACAGAGGAAGCAACAAGUCUACAACUGGCCGCAUAAUAAGAAGUUACUCAAACUGGCCAUUUACUCGGAAUGCCAGACACCAGACUGCUCAUGUAAUGGCUGGAAGACACCUGCUCCUCAGCAGACAGUGAAAGGAAACCCCCGGGCAGACAACCAGCCUCUAGCCAGCUUCAAUGAUCCUUGUCGGAAUUGCACCCAUGUAUUAGAGAAACAUGUGACCCAACUGCAAGGGCUGCCAGUGGCGGAGGUGAACCGACUUCUCGGAGCAGUGGUCGAUGUGGAGAACAUCUUCAUGUCCAUGCACAGGGAGGAUGACCAUGAUACCAAGCGGGUUUACUACUAUUUGUUUAAGAUACUCCGCAAAUGCAUCCUCACUCGAUCCCACCCCCGUAUCGAGGGGCCCUUAGGCCAGCCUCCCUUCGAGCGUCCCUCCAUAGCGAAGGCCAUCACUAACUUCGUGCUGUACAAGUUUAACACCUUACCGCAGAGGGAAUGGCAAACCAUGUACGACUUGGCAAAGAUGUUCCUCCAUUGUUUCAACCAUUGGAACUUUGAGACGCCCAGCGUUAGGAAGUUGCAAGUAUCAAAUCCUGAAGACAUAUCUGCAUAUCAAAUCAACUACACAAGAUGGCUAGUAUUCUGCCACGUGCCCGCGUUCUGCGAUUCCCUCCCGCAUUACGACACUUCCCUGGUCUUCGGGAGGACGUUACUCCGCGCAGUCUUCAAGUCUGUGUGCCGACAGCUCAUGGACAAGUGCCAUUCUGAGAGGGACAGGAUGCCGCCUGAGAAGAGGGUGCUAGUUCUGACACAUUUCCCGCGGUUCCUGGCAUUGCUUGAAGAGGAGAUAUUCAGCGCCAACUCUCCCAUCUGGGAUCCCGAGUUCAAGCAGAUCCCGCCCAACCACCUGCAAGCCAUAUUCGAUAAUAAGAACCCGGGUAGACGAGGCGAGUUCGAGCGUGUUACAGCUUCAGGCGAUAGCAAAGAUGGUUUCACUACAGUUACUCUGUCUUCAGGUACAAUAAAAACGGAAGGUGGCAAGCGAAGUAACGAGUCGUCAAUCGGCACAGCGGCUAAACGUCGACGUAUCGCCGACGACAGCGCGGACGACGUGAGCGAGAGAACUGUGGCCGACAUCGUGGCCACCAUCACCGACCCUAACUAUAUGUGCGGACCUGAUGCUUUAUUCCAAAUGCAAGCUCCCCGCGACGAGGCGGCCAAGUUGGAGGAACAACGCAAGCUGAUCGAGUUCCAUGUCAUCGGCAACUCACUCACCGGACCUGUUAAUAAACAGACCAUGCUGUGGCUUAUAGGUCUUCACAACGUAUUUUCUCAUCAGUUGCCGGAGAUGACCAAAGAGUAUAUUUCUCAACUAGUUUUCGAUCCUAAGCACAAAACGUUAGCUCUCAUCAAGGAAGGCAGGCCUAUUGGCGGGAUUUGCUUCAGAACUUUCAGUGCACAGGGUUUCAGCGAGAUAGUGUUCUGCGCGGUGACGUCUAACGAGCAGGUGAAGGGCUACGGCACCCACCUCAUGAACCACCUGAAGGACUACCACAUCCGCAACAACAUACUGCACUUCUUGACCUUCGCUGACGAAUUCGCCAUCGGCUACUUCAAGAAGCAGGGCUUCAGCAAGGACAUCAAGCUGCCGCGGGCGAUGUUCCAGGGCUACAUCAAGGACUACGAGGGCGCCACGCUCAUGCACUGCGAGCUCAACCCGCGCAUCGUCUACACCAUGUUCACCAGCGUCAUACGCAGGCAGAAGGAGAUUGUCAAAAAGCUGAUUGAUAUGCGACAAAAAGACGUCAGAAAAAUUCAUCCUGGAUUAACGUGUUUCAAAGAAGGCGUCCGCAGCAUCCCCAUGGAGUGCAUCCCGGGGCUCCGCGACACGGGCUGGCGCUCCGCCCCGCGCGGCGCCGAGCCCGAGCCGGAGCCCGACCCCGCCAGCCUCAGGAACAUACUGCAUGCGGUAAAGAACCACGCAGCCGCUUGGCCUUUCUUGAAGCCAGUGGACAAAUCUGAAGUACCAGAUUACUAUGAUCACAUCAAAUAUCCCAUGGAUCUGCGCACGAUGGGCGAGCGUCUGAAGGCGCGGUACUACGUGUCCAAGCGACUGUUCAUAGCCGACAUGACCAGGAUAUUCACCAACUGUCGCCUCUACAACUCGCCUGAUACUGAUUAUUACAGAUGCGCGAACACUUUAGAGAAGUACUUCCAUACUAAGAUGAAGGAGGCUGGCCUGUGGGACAAAUGAUCGGAGUUCAACUUCGACGCGUUCUUCGCGAUCGAGGUCCACACCCCACGCACAGAUACACAACUCGAGUAAAUAACAACAUUAUAUUUGGUCGUAUACAGAAAGAAAUCUGGGGCCCGAUUCUCCUAAGUUAAUAAUGUCAAAAUUGAAUAGAAAUUGAAUCGCAAUUAGCAGUUUUAACCAUAUCGGGCAUACUAAACCAAUCGUAUUCCAACGACAUUCGAUUGGUCUGCUAUUUUGGUGAUUUUGGCCUGUACGGUAGUUUGCUCUACAAUCAUAUUACAAUCGUAAAUCAUUUGCAGGCAAAAUAAUAUAUUAUCAAUUGACAGAAAAGGAUAAAAACGUUUAUUUCAAAGAAAAAAAUGCCGAAUGCCACAUACGCUUCAAUCGUAAUUGAGUCGUGAUUGGAUCUCAGUCUAAUGUGAAUUGUAUGUCGCUUAAGCAAAAUUAGGAGGAUCGGGCGCCUGCUAGCCGUCGCCACCUACCCGCACUUAUCGACGCUGGUCUAUUCUGGCAACAGUUACAUAAAGCAAGUAGAUUAAAGCAACGUAAAGCAAAUGUAACUGUUGCAGAAUGGACCAGAGUCGAUAAGCGCGGGUAGACCGGCUACCAUUUUUUUUUUCUAUAUAUGGCCUUUAUCAAAAAAGAAUAUUUGCAUAUUCAUACUAUUUUAUUUUAUUGAAAAAGGAACUCCAACAAAGGACACACAUUACAUGCAUUAUUAUAAAAAGUUAUUUGAAGAUUUCUGGUCCUUCAGUUAUAGGAGAACUCUGGAUUAUUACAUUCGAUUGUAUCGCUCGUAUUUUUCUUCAAAUAGUCGUCGCUCGUAUAACCGAACGAAUUAUCGCGCCGAAAAUGAAAGCGCUCUUGCAAUAUCGCAGAAAUAACUUCGUCGAACCUGAUGUUUACUUUAUGGAUACAAUAGUAGAAGUAUGUAGAAUCAAAAUUAUCUAUUGUGUAGCAAAUCCAGCUAUCUUUAAUCUCAAUGUCUGAUGUUGAUAUAAGCAUGCAUGGUAAUAAUAAAAUCUGGCAAAGGACAGAAUAGUUUUUUGUCGUGUUGAGGAAAAUAAUCACCCAAUAGUGAAACUUAUAUACUUACUGUGCACAUUGUAGCAUAAUUUUAAUUCUCUCGGUGUUUUACAGUAGUUAUUGCUCUUGUAAACAUAUCUUUUCGAAACUAAAUAAAUGUCUAAUAAUACCAUCUUUGCCUCAAAACAUGUGUUUAUUCAACCAUUAUUAUUUGCUCAAAUGUUAAAA